AUGUCGUCGACCCCAAUUACGGGUCGGCGCGAGUCCGAACCCAAGUUCUUCACGGCCUCCACGACGCCCAAAGCACUGGACAUUGCCGUGCCUGGCGGGUUCCGACGCCAUCACGUGCAGACGACGGCGGCCCGACCCGCCGUGUCGAAAGCUUUGCGGUCGCAGAUCAUCGCCCGCAUCAACAGCGUCUACGACCCGUUCAUUGGCAGCAUCUUGGGCCAAGACAACGACGAGUUCGACGAGCUGAACGUCGAGGACCGCGUGCAGAGUCUGCUGCUGACGCCGCCGUCGACGCGAGGCCCAGUGAGGCGCACGUUUCUCCCCGAAUCCGGCACAGUUCAAACAGAGAGCACAGCGCUGUUACCGACGGGGCCAACUGCGCUAUCGACGUCCAACGAUGCCGACAAGACAACGACACUGUGGCACGCGCUGCUCACACUGCUCAAGUCGUUCGUUGGCACUGGCAUUCUCUUCCUUCCCGACGGGUUCCGCAGCGGCGGUAUCCUCUUCUCGCCACUCUGUCUGACGGUCGUCGCGGCGCUGACGCUGCACGCGAUGCUGCGCUUACUUCAGUGCCGAGAACUGGUUGGCGGGACGUACGGUCAAGUGGGAUUCCGCGCCUACGGAGCGUGGGGACGUCGCAUGGUGCAGGUCUCGAUUAUCCUGAUGCAGGUGGGCUUCUGCUGCACGUACGUCAUCUUUGUGGCCCAAAACUUGGCCGAAGUAUUGGGCUUUUGUGGCGUCCGAGUCGACGCGUCGGUGCUCAUUCUGCUGCAGAUUGCAGUGUACAUUCCGCUGUCGUGGAUCCGGUACAUCAGCUACUUCUCCAUCAGCAAUCUCAUCGCGGACGUGCUGAUCCUCUAUGGACUCAUUUUCAUUCUCGGCAACAGCUUUUGGCUGCUGGCGACGCAAGGCCCGGCGCAAGAUGUGGUGCUGUUCAACCAGCAGGACUAUGCCAUCUUCAUUGGCACGUCGAUCUUCACGUUUGAAGGCAUCGGUCUGGUGCUCCCGACACAGAAUUCCCUCACCAAAGCGCGCCAAAAGCGCUACCCGACGCUGCUCACCUGGACAGUCGUCGGUCUGCUCUUCUUCUACUCGCUGUUUGCUGGCGUGAACUACAUCACGUUUGGCAGUAGCAUUGCGCCGAUGGUCACCUCCAGUCUGCCACGCAACGGAUGGUCGAGUUCCGUGCAAUUCGGCUACGCGUUCGCCCAGCUCCUGUCGUAUCCGUUGUUCCUCUUCCCCGCGGUGAAAAUCAUGGAGGAAAUGCUGGGGUUCCCGAGACGCGCGUCCGGCCAGAAAGUCGCCAAGAACUGUCUUCGUGCCGUGGCUGUGCUCGCUUGUGUCUGCGUCGCGUACUUUGGCCAAAAGCGUCUCGACCUCUUCGUCUCGAUCGUCGGUGCUUUUUGCUGUGUUCCGCUGAGUUUGAUCUACCCGCCGUUGUUUCACUUGAAGCUGAACCCCAACGUGUCGUGGCUGGAUCGACUCGUCGACACGUUUGUGAUCGUUGUGGGAGUGCUGACCUUCUUCUACGUCACGUACGCGAACCUCCAGUCAUGGUGA